ACAUCACGUCAGUGUGUGACAGGCGACUUUAUCUUAUUUCUCCGUUGUCGUGUGCUACGGGCAAUUUGCGUUCGUCGACCGUACAUGUUUGUUAUUCGUCAGACGUAAAAUUGUCGGUUUCGAGAAAAAUAUUUAAAAGAUACAUUUUCUUUUAAACCUUUAACGAAAAUCUGUCAUCAUUUCUUUCACUACCUCUUUCGUCAUUACGAUAGCUAGGCGCGAAAAAAAUCCGAAAAAAAUGGAAGUCGUACCUCCGUAUUACAUACAACCGUCAUACCCGGUUCAUUCCACUCUCGGAAUCUUAAAAUUGGAGGACAUUGAAUCGGAAACCAGCGCGUUUAUGGCAUUACACCAACGGCUUGAAGAAGAACUUCGGGCCGCCAAGCGUGCGCAAUUGUCGUGCGGCGAAGUCUUGUUGCCGCCCGACUUGCUCCACCGGAUAGCUCAUGACGUUCUCAAAAUGGCCGAAAGCGAACCCUGUGGUCUCAGAGGAUGCACUUUGUACCUGAAUUUCGAAGGUGAACAAGAAUGCCGGAAAAUCGGCACAAUCAAAUGCGACACCAACACAGUGUCCACGUUUGAGUUGUUCCUCACACUCAAACAAAACCCUAGAAAUGCGUGGUCGCUCAUUCCACUAUUCAUUAGGAAUUUUACAAGCGGUGGUACAAUAGUGAUCGAUCACGAAUUCACAAUAGAAAAACGGAAGCUGUAUAGGUCUUUUUUAGAAUAAAGAGCGCCGGAUGCCCGGCGCUGCCGAACGCCAAUUCCUCCUCCACCUCCUUCUCAUUAUCAGUAUCUCAUCAAAACACCAUCACCACCACAACUAUAAAUCCAACCACAACUAGUACGACCGAUAGUACUCGUACCACUAAUAGCACCGCCAUCGCCGUAAUUGAGAGAGAGCCAAGACUGAUCCCCUCGGAACAGCCUGUGCGUUACACAAAGAUGAAAAACACUCGUAUCUUGCAGUAGCGGUCUUGUCGUCGAUUAUCAUCAAGUAACAAAAAAAAAAACCCCAAUUUAUAAUAUUAUGACAUAUUAUACGCGUAAUAAUAUAUUGGUCUCGUGAGUGUGUGGAAGUGAAUAUUUAUAUAUAAUAAAUAAGUUUAACUAUGAAGAUUAAAAAAAAAACUAGCAUACGGCAUGAUAUUAUUAUAAUAUUGUUUCAUACGUUAUAAACCGUGUGCGUAAGUUAAAAAAAAAAUCAAUUGUGAUCAGUUCUAUAUGUUACGUUUAGUUUUUUGUUCUCGUUAUUAUUUUUGUCGAUACAUUUAUACAUUGGAUUAUAUUUAUAUUAUAUAUAUUAUAUAUGUCGCCAGAUUAUAAUAUGAUUAUUAUUAA